UUGAUUUGUUUUGUAAACUACCGGAAAUUGAAUGAAUUUGUUAAUUCGUUCUUGUAAUUUUUGGUAUCGCGAAUAAGUCGAGAAAGAGAUAUUGGUGCAGAACAGAUCCCUCGUCAGGCCAGUGAGAAAUUACCUUUAACUUACCUAUUUUUAUGUACAUGUGUGUGUGAAUUAUCUGUGCGAUUUAAAACAUGUUCAACGACUGAAAAAGAAGAAAGAGAUUCUGAAUUAUGAUCAGGGCGAGCACUGCCCUAGGGCGAAAAGUUUCUCUCCCUCUACACUCCGUGACCUUGGAUAAAAUCCAGCAUCAUGUUUUACAGCCUUGUCGGCUUCAUGUUAGCUCACAAAACCUCAGACGAAACAGAAGUAGAGUCUUGGUGUCAUUCAAGUCUGCUACAAAAAUUCCAGACUUAGAGACAUCAGCAAAAUUAUCACCUCAGCAAGUAACGUCUAUUCUGGAGCUAGAACAGAGGAGAUUCGACAUUCAGGAGGGUGCCGUGAAAAGUGUGGAUAUCAACAGGUUAGCUGCUAACGAUCCCAUUGAAGACAGGGAUGGAUAUGCUAAGCUCAGUCCAUUAAAAUUUUUGUUUGGUGUUUAUGACGGACACGGUGGUUAUGGGUGUGCUAGUGCUGUUAGUGAACGUAUAUUCCACUACAUUGCUAUUUCCUUAGCUUCCUAUGACAUUCUAGAAGAUUUAAUAUCUGGAAAUCGAGGUAUAAACAAAUUGGUACACUGGUAUCAAAAAGAUCUCUACUCUGAGCAUCCCCAUCGUUUGUAUCAAAGAGCAGUUUUGAGAUAUGCACGAGAAGCUCUUGCAGCUUAUGAGCCUACCAGCGUAGAGCAGCAUCUUAAAGAUGCUUUUCUGAGACUAGACCAUGAUAUAAUUCAGGAGGCUAUUCCAAGUGAACAGAAUAAGGAAUUCAACACAGAUUCUCUUCUAUCAGCUAUGGCUGGCUCGUGUGCAACAGUUUCAUACAUAGACGACACAGAUCUGUAUGUUGCCAAUGUGGGUGACUGUCGUGCUGUGCUAGGGGUGAAUGUUCAAGAAUCUGAAUAUGCUGCUGUCCCACUUUCAAAUGCUCACAAUGCCCAGAAUGCAUCUGAAAUUCGCAGAAUUUUAGAUCAACACAAGAAUGAAUCAACUCACAUCAUAAAAAACAAUCGUCUUUUUGGUGAACUUGCUCCACUACGGGCUUUUGGUGAUAUUCGAUAUAAAUUGUCAUUUACUGAGGCAAAAGAAAUUGAGAGAUAUUUGAAUUCUCCCUCAGCUGAAGUUGGGGGAUAUUAUGGAGGUAAAGUUGUUCCCCAAAAUUACAAAACUCCACCAUAUCUUAUAGCAGAUCCCGAGGUGAUCCAUUACAAACUCACCCCAAAAGACAAAUUUCUUGUAAUUGCCUCUGAUGGACUUUUUGACAUGUUAUCCCCAGAAAAAGUGGUCAAACUUGUGGCAGGUCAUAUUGAUGGAAAACAGAUAUUGAUUGAUCCUCAGAUAGAUACAAGUAUGAAUCUGAAAGCAAUGAAUCAAUAUCUGAUGGAAAGGAAAACUAAGUUGGCUAAUAGAAGUAUUGAUGACAAUGCCGCUACUCAUCUUAUUCGCAAUGCUUUAGGUCCAGAGCACAGACAAAUCUCCUACUUCCUCUCAUUACCUGACCAUGUGUGUCGAACUCAAAGAGACGACAUGACUGUGGCCGUUAUUUUUUUUGACAGUGACUAUGUAAGAAAUAAAGCAUCUCUGAGAACUUGAAAUUGUCAAUCAGUGUAGAUGUUUUAAUUAGGUCUCUGAAUUUUUAAACUCUUUAGUGCUACACAACCUCUAGCUUGGGAAUGUGAAUAGUGCAUUUAUGUAGUUGUACAUAUAACAUGCAUAAUAAUGGUUAAUUGUUAUCUUUGAUGUUUUUGCUACAAUUUUUUACAUUGUUUUUUUUAUUCAGUUGUUCAUGGACUGUUGAAGUUCAACUGUUUCUUAAAAUCUCGGUUUCGCGUGAAGGAAUGUAUGAAAAUAGGGCGGGAAAUGCAAAUUAUAAUACAUGUAUCAACAAUUUCAAUUUCAACCUGGUGUGUGUUAAAUAAAAUCUAUGCAUCAGUUCGAAUAAAAUUUUAUAAAAUGGAAAAAAA